AAGUUCUCGUUAGAGUUGGUCGGGAAGAUGUCUCCCACCAUGGCGGCAGCCGCGACAGGCCCUGGUUCAGCGGCAGAGCUAUUCUUACAGAGGCUGGAGCAAGUGACAGCUGACGGAGAAGCCGGACUCUGUAGCCUGGAAGCAGCAACAGCGCUUGGCCUGGAACACCAAGUCUUGGUGGGGGUCGUGAAGAGUCUUCAGUCGCUAGGAGAGGUGAUCGAGGCUGAGCAACGUACAUCCAAAACAUGGGAGUUGACACCUGAGGGCCAAGAGAUUAUUCACGAAGGAAGCCAUGAGGUCCGAGUAUUUAAUAGCAUCCCCUCUGAGGGUCUGCUUCAGAGUGAACUCAUGAAGCUGCCAAGUGGAAAAGUGGGAUUCAGCAAAGCAAUGUCCAACAAAUGGAUCCGGCUAGACAAGAGUUCAGAAAAUGGCCCUCGAAUAUUCCAGGCAGUGGAAUCUGUUCAGGACACUGUAAAGGAAAAGCUGCUUCAAGUUCAGAAGGGAGAAGCUAACUGUUUAGAAGAAAAAGAUAAAAAUGAACUGAAGAAACGAAAACUCUUAGCAGAAGUGACCAUAAAGACAUAUUGGGUUAAAAAAGGAAGUGUUUUUAGCACAACUAUUGCUAAACAAGAAACAGAUCUUACACCAGAGAUGAUUGCCAGUGGUUCUUGGAGAGAUUUGAAAUUCAAGUCUUACAAUUUUGAGGCACUGGGCAUUAUGCCUGAAAGCGGCCAUCUCCAUCCAUUGCUGAAGGUCCGCACUCAGUUUCGGCAGAUCUUCCUUGAAAUGGGUUUCACAGAAAUGCCCACGAAUAAUUUCAUUGAGAGCUCCUUCUGGAACUUUGAUGCCCUCUUUCAACCACAGCAGCAUCCAGCCCGAGACCAGCAUGACACUUUCUUUAUGAAGGAUCCUGCUGAAGCAAUUGACUUUCCCAUGGAUUAUUUGAAGAGAGUAAAGAGGGUGCAUUCACAAGGAGGGUACGGUUCUCAAGGUUACAAAUAUGAAUGGAAACUGGAGGAAGCUCGGAAGAAUCUUCUUCGGACACACACAACAGCUGUCAGUGCCCGGAUGCUCUAUCGGCUGGCACAGCAGGAGAAGUUCACACCAACCAAAUACUUCUCCAUUGAUCGUGUCUUCAGGAAUGAGACACUGGAUGCUACACAUCUGGCAGAGUUCCACCAGAUUGAGGGUGUGGUGGCUGAUUAUGGUUUGACACUAGGGGAUCUUAUGGGUGUCCUGAAAGAAUUCUUCACCAAACUGGGAAUCACACAACUACGCUUCAAGCCUGCUUACAAUCCUUACACGGAGCCCAGCAUGGAAGUUUUCAGCUAUCAUCAAGGAUUAAAGAAAUGGGUGGAAGUGGGAAAUUCAGGAGUCUUCCGCCCAGAAAUGCUACUGCCUAUGGGCCUGCCUGAUGGGGUGUCUGUCAUUGCCUGGGGGCUAUCUCUAGAAAGACCCACCAUGAUCAAGUAUGGCAUCAAUAACAUCCGGGAAUUAGUUGGUCACAAAGUCAAUCUGCAGAUGGUAUAUGACAGCCCACUUUGCCGCUUGGAUGUCUAGGGCUAAGAAACCUGCUGCUCUCUUCAAAUCUCCUUAUUUAUUGCCACUGCUCUUUGCCAGUGAACAGAUUGGACAUCUGUACUCCACACUGCUUGCUGCUGUAGGGAAAGUAAUAAGACCAUAGGGAAGGCACCUAGUCUUCAUUUAGCAACAUCUUGGAUCAAGAUUGAAUGGAUUCUCCUAGUCAUAGUCCUAUUUAUGCGUACAUUAAAUAUGUCUCAACAUGAAAUUGGAAUGUAGUAAUUCAAAUGAAUAAGGGCAGUUUCAGUUAUCUGAUUUCCUUGUAAUGCAACUGGGCCAUCAUGCCAUCAAGGUCUUUGGAAUGAAAACAAAAAUUGAUCUCUCACUAUCUUCAUUGUUUCAAUAAAGUUCUGGCAAUAUUUUUAUUUUUAA